AUGGUGUCAAGACUUAACUAAAUAUUUUCACAUUUAGGACAUCCAUUGGACGUGGAGUGUAUAGGAAAAUUUUACAGCAUACUAAAGAAGACAAGCUUCAAGUGGAAAAAUAUGCUUAGGCUUUUGUUGUAUAUGUUUCUUAUUUAUACUUGCUCCUAAUUAACUAAUUUUAGUGUGAUCUUGUGCACGCGAGUAUAAUAAUAAAUUCAAUAUGGCGGCUAUAUACGUAAUUAAGUAAUUUUCCUCUGUUGGAGACAGCUGCCAGAAUUACCGUAUGAGCUACAACAAUGGGAGAACAUCAGCAACCACUUAUGGAAAGUCACAUUUAUGAGGAGACCAGCACAAGUGUGGAAGGUAGUCAGUAUACAGCCGACUGGUUUAUUUGUGGAUUGUGUGGGUUGAAGACUUGUGAUAUUGAGAGUUAUGUGACACACAUGGUGCUCAAGGAACAAUGUGUCCUGCAUUUGUGCCCUUCAGCUUCCAUCAGGGAUCUUCUUCUGCCUAAAUUUUCCAAGAAGAGAGCAGAAAUAGAGGAAGUGGACAUUAAACAUGUUAAUGAUCUCGUCCCUGUUAUGUACAAGGAAACAUGUGAGCUAACAGAAGCAGAUGUGAAGUUAGCAGUGCAAGCAACACAGAUUGAGACUGGCAGUGAGACAAGAUGGAAGUGCCAGCUUUGUGGUCUCACCUUCUCUAGACAAGCAGCCAUCUUCAACCAUUUUAAGCUUCAGCAUGCAGUUGGCAGCAUGAUGAGAGAGGAGUUAUCAGUUAGUGAGUCAGAAAUACAGGAUGUACAAAUCAAGAAAGAAACAAGUGUGGACUCCAAGGCACCUAUAAGACACAUCAUUGCUGUAGAGUCCAAACCUCAUCUGGAUCAUUUAGUCACUGAUCUGCAAUACCCAGUUAAAGCAUGGAGUAAGCCAGCCUGCCACUUAUGUGGUCAGAUAUUCAAAACAGAAAGAAUACUUCGGACACACAUUGGAAUUGUACACAGUCAAGGGCGGUCUUUCCAGUGCAGCUAUGAAGGAUGUUCCCAGUCAUUUAAAACUAAAGGCUCACUAACUAGGCAUGUGAGGAGGCACACAGGUGAGAGACCAUUCACUUGUCAAGACUGUGGUCGCAGUUUCCGAGAGUCGGGUUCCUUGGCUCGUCAUCAGCAGUCUCGGGUGUCUUGUGUAUACAAGAAAGACUCCCAGAUUCCAUUGUAUGGGAAGACCUUUCCCCUUACUUCUUCUCAUAUAGAGAAGAAACCUUCUAUGCAAGAUAUAAAGAUGAACACCAUUUUAAAGCAAGAAAUUUGUGGCAAUCUUUUUGAUAAUGACCUAGAGAAAGAUGUUCUCCCUUGGAAUGCUGAAGACAUCAGAGGUGCCUUAAGCAGUGAGGGUAUGACUUACAGUGUUACAGGUACUCAAGCAACAGUUAAACAAGAGGACACCAUUUCUCAUCAACUACACCACAACAACUUACCAGACAACUCUAACCUGCUGGUUCCUUGCAAAAUGGAGAUGCCACUCAUUCCUAACACCCUUGCUGAGGAGAAGCACAAUCUACUUCCUGAAAACAGUAUGAGCUCUGAAGAUUUAGGAGACAUCAAGCCCCCUCAUUUGAUCCCAGACAUUAUAAGAAAAUCUUUUACAUGUCCUGUUUGUUGUCAGAAUUAUUGUAGAAGAUCAACCCUGGCAUCACAUAUGAAACUACAUCUUGGUGAACUUGGGGAAAAGUGCACUGAAUGUGGAAAGUCAUUUUCCCCCCAGCAGACACUCUCCCGCCAUUUGUCCUCACACUCUUCUUUACGUCAGUUUGUAUGUCAGAUGUGCAACAAGACAUUCAAGCUUCUAAAUCAUGCAAGAAGCCAUCUUCACACUCAUUCCAACACCAAGACAAUACCAUGCAGAUACUGUAACAAUUUAUAUAAAACAAAAAGUGCCAGAAAUAUGCACGAAAGAACUCAUGAUAGUGUUAAAGCCUUCAUAUGCAUAGAAUGUCAGAAAGCAUGAUCAAAAGCUUCAAUGAUUCGUCACUUAAGAAUUCAUACUGGAGAGGCACCGUUCCAUUGCCAGUAUUGUGGUCGAUGCUUCAAAGAACAUGGUACUCUAAGUAGACAUCUAAAACAUAAAAUGCCAUGUGCCCAACAAGCCGCAGUGGAAGCAAAAACUGGCAAUGUCGGGAUUCAUCUUGUUAAAAACACAAAUCACAAGUUGGAUGAAGUUGAAAUAAAUGAGAAAAGUGAGGGAUGUAAUCAAGAUAUUCAGGAUCAGAAGAAUAAUCAGCUAAGCAUACACAGACCAUCUCUUGAACUUUCUGAAAAUGUUUUGGCCAGACAACAUAACAGAGAGAAGGCAGUCUCUCAGUUCAUCCUUGCUUGAGGAAGAGGCUGGUUUCUUGGUACUGUACAAGAAAAACUACACCUCCAGCUGCUGUCAAUUCACUACAGAUCAUAUGAUAUUGAAGAAGAGGAACAUGAAUCAUCUUCAUACAUUUUUAUCACCAGUCAUAGCUGUCAGAGAGUAGAACCUCGACAGUUUUCCUUUCAUCUCUGACAAAUAUUUAACAUAAUAUAUGUCAGAAGUAUUCCUUGUAAAUAAACUAAAAAAACUUUUGAA